CAAAGAAACCUGCCCAGCUCUUGGUUAUGCUAGCGAGACGCCACAUCAGGCCGAGUGCAACUACAUCGCUUAUCUCAAACAAUGGCGUGUACGACCAGCGAACUCGUGCAGAUAGCGAGGGUGAGUGAUUGGUGUUUACUGACAUGGAAUUUCAGCGUGACGUGUUCAGUAUAUCAAUCGUGCCUUCGAGUCUUUCUGAACUCGGUGCACACUCCGUCUUUACUACUUUGCCACAGAAAAGAUGCCAAAACCAGGCUUCGACAAAGAUGGACGCCCCCUCAAUGUCGGUGCGGCCAGAGAUGAGAUCAACAGAAUCCGCAGAGAUCGGGGUAUCAUCGACGACUACGAUGAAAGCCAAAUUCGCAAGACCGAUUCGAAUUUUCAAGAAGAUUACCGUCGAAGAGCUGCCCAGCACAGGGCCUUGUACGCCCGAUACACUAGAACCGUCGCCGAACAGCUCUACUCGUCCAGAUUCAGGCUUAUUUAUGAAUUGCUCCAAAAUGGAGACGACUCCUCUUACGCAAAUGAUAUCGAACCCUCCAUGACGUUUCGAAUCAAGCCCUUUGAGUUGAUUAUCGAGUCUAACGAGCUGGGAUUCACACUCGAGAAUGUCGAAUCUAUUUGCGAUACUGGUAAAAGCUCCAAAGCUAACAAAGCCGAUACUACCGGGGAGAAAGGCCUGGGUUUCAAAUCGGUAUUUGGCAUUGCUGACUACGUCCACAUCCAAUCUGGGCUCUGGUCUUUCAGGUUUGAGCACAGUCAAGGCGAAGAAGGCGUGGGAAUGAUCACUCCAGUGUGGACUGAUGUUACGUCUUUUCUGCCUUUGAAUGUCGGGACGAGGUUGACACUGAGGUACUAUGACCGGCGCACCACCUUCGCUACACGUCUCGUGUCUGAGUUUGAAAAACUCCCCAGAACAAUCAUGUUUGCUUUACGUAAGCUGAGGAAGUUAGUCGUCGUCGUGGAUGGCGUUGCCGGACGGUCAGAUCAAAUCACUUUCGAGAAAGAUGGCAAUUUGAACUCUGAUGAAAUACACAUCAACACUACCGUGACCGGGAGUUUUGGGCCCCAUACGUCAGCGAAAACAUGCCUCAGGCUGUUUCAAAGUAAAGUCAACAAUCUCCCCUCUGACACAAACCGUUCAAGCUCUCAAAGCGAUGUGACGGUCGCAUUUGAGGUCGAUGCAAAAGGCCUGCCUGUCAUUCCCGCCGACGGGCAGCAUGUCUUCGCUUAUCUUCCAGUAGAGCGCAUUAUACAGCUCCCUUUUCUUCUAAACGCAAACUUCAUCCUUACGGCUAAUCGUGAGAGUGUUCCUGAUACGGAUUGGAAUAACGCAUUGCUAAAUGGUGUCUCUUCGGCGUUUUGCGGUUUGGUGAAGACAGUUGUAACCUCUGGCGACCCUCUGGAGUAUAAAUGGAUGCGCUAUCUCCCCCCAAAACAAAUGCCAGACUUUUGGGGGAAUUUGCGAAUGGAUAUACUGCUCGAGUUCUUGCGAAGUCACACACCCGUUUUACGGUCACGACGGAAUAAGCUUCACGUGAUUGGCCACAUGGCAAUACUUCCCGACUGGUUCAUCCACGACAAAGAGCCAAUCGUGGCGGACACGAAGGAAGAUAUCUACUUAUCGGACCGUUAUCAUUCAAGCGAUGUAAGCAUCCUGAAAGAAUUUUGGGUGGGGGAAAUCGGCACCUGGCGAAUUUUGGAGAGAAUAAAGCUUGGUCUCUCACAAAGUGCCGAAGUACCGAUACAUCACAUACCUUUGGAUGACUCGUGGCACACGGCCUUCGCUGCUCUCAUACAACGGCUCUUAAGGGAAAAAGACACCAAGAAGGAUGUCGAGCGGUUAGAAAUCAUCCCAUUGGACGACAAUCGCUGGGUUUCACCGUCUUCCCUGUACGUGGAUACUGUAUAUCUACCAUAUCUUGUCGAGGAAGACUCGGUAUCGAUCAAGGUACCUGAUGGUCUUGGAUUUCAGAAGCUUCACGAGACAGCCGCUGCAGUUGGAGAACGUGCGAGCUUCUACACGAGUCUCGGAAUUUCCUCGUGUCCUUCUGAUGCAGUAGUAGCGAGGAUCCUUGAGGCACACCAGUCAGGGAAAAGAACCGGAACGGUGUUCACGUUCACAUCGGAUCUCGAAAUCCUCUUUUGGUUUGGAAAGCGACCGUUCCUUUCAGCGCAGGGUCAGAAUUGUCCGCGACUCGUGAACGAUGGUCUCAGACUAGCUCUAGGACCUUUCUUAUUCUUUCCCUCAGAAGAUAACUAUCACGCAGAGAAACUACUUGCUGCAACUCCGCAGGAUGAUUUGCGUAAGUGUUGCUACGGGAUUCUUCGUCAAGAAUACCUCGAAUCCCAAGUUUCUAUUCAUAUCCGCCAUGGUUCAGACUGGAGAUCCUACCUUCGGAGAUGGGGUGUCAAAUACUUCCCUGAUCUGGCACACGAGGUGCCAUCUGGAUGGAAGCUCCAUCCAGUGAUGGAGCUGAUUGCUCGAGAUAAUCCCGACAGCUUUGUCGCAAAUCUAAAAGCUCAUUGGCCCGAUUAUCGUGUUGAUGCACCCAGAAUCAAAAACGACCUAAAGAAUGCUCAGGUACCAUGUCUGAAUGGCUCUACACAACGUCUUUGCGACACUAUUCUACCAACGCAUGAAUUGAUUGAUAGGAGCCGAGACCCAAAUCUCACGAAUCUCCUCCCAUUUCUAAAGCUGCCUGGAGAUUAUGACCCCCUACAAUCCGACUCUUGGUUCUUCUUGAAAGAAUUUGGGGUGAUCUGUGAAGCUAAUACUAACUUUUACUUAAGAGCCAUGUCCUUAUUAUCUGAAGUAAAAAAGGGCCCCUUGAUGCAAACGUGUGAGACAAUCUACAGCGGUAUUGCUCAAACAACGGCAGUCGGAGACUCCAAAGCUGUACAGCAAGCAUUUACAUCGCGACCGUUGAUCCGCUCGAACACAGACGAGGAAGCCUGGUACAGGUCAACUGAUUGUGUCUGGGAAGGUCCAAGCUUUCUCCGGGCGAAGCAAGUAUUGAGUCCGUUGUACGGAUCUAGUCAAUCUGCUUCCACUUUCUUCAAAACCAUUUUGACUUUGCGGGAUGUUAGCUAUAACGACUUGAUCGACGAACUGAAGAUGUUAUCAACGGAAGUAACAGCUGGAACAGGUCUAAUCGAGAGUAAGGCACCAAAAGUUUAUGCAGCUCUUGAUGUAAUGGCAAACUCACCGCCCGUGAUCGAGGCCAUUAGGCAAGAGUUCAAUGGUACCGCUCUGAUAUAUGUCGGUCAAAAGUGGCAGAAAUCUUCAGAAUGCUUGUGGAACUGUACUAUCGACAUCUCCGGGUGUCUGCCACUGGACCAUGUUUACCCUCAACUCAAGAAAUUCUUCGUCGAUAAGCUGAAAGUCAGGACUAUGAACAUCAACGUUCUUCUACAGGAGCUUGGAAGAACAGCGAAGAAGACUUUCCCAGACUUUGACGAGGUCAAGCGUAUCAUACUUACUAUUGGAAAAUUGUUGGCCUCAGAUCCUGAGGUCAAGGUCAAAGAGGAUCAGCUGAGAACCCUGGAGAAAUUUUCCUUUCUACCAGUCCGUGGCCCAGACGGUUUGACACUACUCUCCGUGGAUCAAGCUUUCAUCAUCAAUGACCAUCAGAGAUAUGGCAAGCUGUUUGACAAUGAAGCAAUGAUCCUGGACUUUGGUCACGAAGAAAUGACUUCGUUGUAUCCCUUUUUUAGACUGCUGGAUUUGGAGGAUCGUUUCCUCUCGCGCCUAGUAAAGUCCAAAACGUCGGUGGAAAAUUCAACUGCCAAUAAAGCCCUUGAGGGCUAUAUCAGAGACCGUGCAUACGCAUUGUCAUGCUGUGCCAACCAUUACAAGAGUUCGGAAUAUUACAACCGGAAAACGACGAUGCACGAGUUGCUAUUGGCUGCAGAAGUAUUCGUCUGCGAAGAGAUGUGGACAGAACUUGUGCUACCGGAAGAGUAUGACUCAGUCACUGUUCGGAGUGAUCGAGCGGUAGUCGACAUCUGCUUCCCUGACGGGAAGUUGACGAUCUAUGUCCCAAGCGACUACGAUGGUCUGUAUUCUUGCUUCCACACCGAGCUUCCUCAAGAGCUUGCCAAUGUACUUUGCAUCGAUGAUGAACGAGCAGUCAAGGUCGUCUAUCGUAUCUUGAACGAUGACAAGAAAGAUUUGGAAACCAUAAUGAAGGAUGAGGACCUGCCGGAGUAUCCCUGGUUCGAAAAACCUGCGUCAUCACUACAGGCAGUGCCAUUUCCAGCUGUGGAUGAUACGGAACCUCACAGCAGCAGUAUGCCGACCCCUGCAUCGUCAACGGAUGCAUCCUCUGACCACGACCACCACGACGUGGUCGUGACCCGGGUGGAUGAAAGGAGCACAGCACCAUAUUCCCGAGUUGAGAGCAGUAUUCCUUCUCCUGUCCACGUUCAGUCAACUGGUUCCCAUCACACAAUCUGGGAAGAGGUGGCGCGGGAUCAACAGUACAAAGAGCUCUUGCGGGGAGUGAUCCGCCAAGCAAGGCGUGCCGGGCGAGCUUCUCAAACGAGAAGAGGAUCGCUAUCGCUGAAUGAGAUCGAGGAAGCUCUAGAUGAACUUGCCGAACCACCAGUUGACCACGCAGCGUUCUACCGCACAUUUGGCGACACGGGGAGCAGCAGAUUUGAAGAAAAUGCCCGGGUGGGCGCGGCGGGAGAACUAUAUGUGUUUGAGUUCCUCAAAACCUGUGGAGUCACAAAUUUCAGCAUCGAGAAUUGGCAGAGUUCAAUUCGUCGCUACGUGAACGUCCUCCCGGAAUACGCAGAUGAACCACCCUGGCACGGCCGUGAAAUCUCGGAUAUAAUGUACGAAGGCAACUGUUCGCGGCUGAUGGAGUUACUUCGAGAAAACACGACAUUCCGACACCCCGCCUGGCUUGGGCUUGGGUCCGGCGCGACGUCAAUGUCAACACCAGUGGUGAAUUAUCACAUCGAAGUCAAGACCACGCCAGGGCCCUGCAACACUCCGUUCUUCAUGAGCAGCAAUCAGUACAGGCUUAUGCGAGACAAAGCCUGUCCAAAUGACUCGACGACGGCUCCACGAGAUCUGUACCUGAUCAUGAGAGUGUUCAACCUGUACUCGCGCAGGAUUGGGCUACAAGUGUAUAUUAACCCCUGGCAUCUUAGAGAAACAGCCCUUGAAUUCGUGGCGGAUCCGUGGAAGGUGGUUCCUAUGUGACGCUUGUAACUUGAUUUGGUGGAAUUGAGCGGUGAGAAUGCCUGUGUAUUAUAAUUAGAUGUACAAUAUGAUUUACG